AUGUACAGAGAUGCCGCGGUCAAAGAGGAACUCAGGAAGCGGGCCCCGAAUCUGCGGGCAGACAUUGAUAGCAUGGCAUUUCACGCGUUCUCGGGUUCCAUCGAGAACAAUGUAAAGAAGAGCAUGACAUUCCUGAAAGAAUCCCCUCUGGUUAGGGAGUCUUUGAAACCAAGCAUCCGUGGAUUUGUCUUCGAUCUUCACAGUGGAGAGCUCAAGGAAGUCAAAUUGUAG